GCAGUGUCUUCGGUUUAUCCGACAUGUUGUAGCCAUGAAUUCCGCCACCAACCUUGACCAUUUGGAGUUGUUAAGCACUUGCAGCGCAGCAGGUUUUGCUUUCAGUUUUCGCUCUGUGGUCUCUUUGGCACUCUUGGACCUGACGCGUGAUGAAUCCAUGGAGGUGACCAUCAGGGAGGUGGGUGCGUUGAAUGCCAAAGGACAAUUGGCAUAUGCCUUGGGAAAACUUUUGGGUGGUCCUGUUGUGGAUGCUAUCGGCGGCGGCAAAUCCUUGUUGGCGAUCUUGCUGCUUCUAUUUGGCAGCUUCACAGCCAUGGCUAGAAGCCCUACAGCAGGUGCCAAACUGACAACAUCCUUUGCAGUCUCGAGGGCCGCCACUGCAGCUGUGUGGACUGCCUGUGCGGUGGCCUUGCGGAAUGCCUUCAGCGGUCCGGGCUUGGCACAGGCCUUGAGCAUUGGCCAGGUGGCCAUGCGGGUGGGUGCUUCGAGUGGAUCUGUUUUUGGCGGUUGGCUGUUGAGCCGUGUGAAGAGCUGGCGGAAGCUGCUUAUGGCAUAUGCCAAAAGGCACAGCUGACGACGUAGCACAACGAAAAAUUGCCGUGCUACCUGUGGGCCGCAGCUUAGCGCUGGCGGCGCAAAUGCCACGGCUGUGGCUUCUCUUCGGCUCCACGACAAUGAUCACUCCCACCUUCGACUUCGUGGCGUUGCUCCCGCAGUUCCUCCAUGAC